AAUUUUUUCAAUUAAUUAGGAAAUAUGUUUCAUUGGGUUACUAAUGAAUUUACUUUGAUAAUAAUACAAGAAUUCGUUUUAUAGCGCUAGUACUAUGAAAAAAUCCUAACAAUAGAAGUUUUUCAUUUAUUUUUAUUUGUUUAUUAAGAAAAUGCUUUAAUUUACAAUAAAAUAUUAUGUAGUGGAAGUAUAAUUUAGGGUUAUUACAAGAUAUUCAAUUUUUAUAAGUGAAAUUAAGAUGUCAGAUAUAUUUAAAUCAGCCUUAGACUACUUUAGUAGUAGUUUCUCAAUUGAUGAUAAUGAUUAUGUUGGCUCUAAUGUUGAACUUGGUAGUGUUAAACUUAAGAUUAAAAGACUUGUAGCAGAAGGAGGAUCAGGCAUGGUCUUUAUUGCACAAGCUCAAGAUACUAGUAAAGAUUAUGCAUUAAAGAAAUUAUUAGCUGGAGAUGAUGUUGCUGAUAAAGCUAUUUUAAAUGAAAUUAAUGUACUUAAAAAAUUAUCUGGACACCCAAACAUAAUUCAUUUUAUAUCUGCUGCGUUUACUAGCAAAGUUGAUUCUCUAAAAGGAUCUAAUGAAUAUCUUAUAUUGACAGAAUUUUGUUCUGGUGGUAAUAUAGCAGAGUUACUAUCUUCUAGAAAGAAACCCCUAAAUUCAAGUGUUGUUACAUCAGUUUUCUAUCAAAUGUGUUCAGCAACUCGACAUAUGCACUGCCAAAGUCCACCAAUUAUUCAUAGAGAUUUGAAGAUUGAAAAUUUUUUAAUCAGUGAUGAUGGUAAAAUUAAGUUGUGUGAUUUUGGAAGUUGUACGACAAAAGUUUACAAGCCAGAUGAAAGUUGGACUGCACAACAAAGAGCUCUCUUAGAAGAUAAACUUAAUUUAUGUACAACGCCUAUGUAUAGAGCCCCAGAAAUGAUAGAUACCUGGUCAAAUUUUGAAAUUGGUUCUGCUGUCGAUGUUUGGGCUCUAGGAUGUGUGUGUUAUGCUCUGUGUUUUAAUAAACAUCCUUUUGAAGAUUCUAAUAAACUAGCAAUCAUAAAUGGAAGAUUUGUAAUUCCCACAAUGGAAAAUAUUUACCAGGAAUUUCUUUCAAUUAUAAAGGGUUGUCUGCAACCAGAUCCUUCAUUAAGAAUGUCAGUUUUUGAAACUUAUCAACUUGUUGAGCGCAUAUUAGAAGCAUAUAAAAUAAAUAUAGAACCACUAGAUGUCAUAAAACUAAAAUCAGAAGGAAAACCUGUAGAAUCUAUUGUAGGCAUUGAUACAAAUAUUUCACAACAACAACAGCUCCCACAACUGGCUACUAUUAAGCAAUUCCCUUCAUCCAUUCAAACAUCUAGCCUAUUUUCUCAAAUUCGUGGUGGAGCUGGUAGUUUUUUAAAAAAUUUAAAAGAUACUUCUAGUAAAGUAAUACAAACCGUUCAAUCGUCUGUUAAUGUAAAAGGUAAUUUAGAAAUGAUUUACAUAACUUCGAAAUUGGCUGUGUUAACUAUUCCUCAAGAUACUAAUGCAGAAAUAUUGGCAUUAUAUCUUGAUAAUCGACAUUGUCGUCUUUAUAAUUUGUCAAGACAAUCUUAUCCUCGCAAUAUAGGUCAAACUAUAGUAAUUGAAAUUCAUCCAAAAACAAAUACAUGUCCAACAUUAAAUGAAAUUUAUGGAGUGUGUGAUGAUAUGUACAACUACUUAAAAAAAAGUUCUACUAACCUUUGCAUUAUUGCCCAAUCGACUGAGAACAGCAAUACUUGCACAUUGAUUACUUGUGCUUUUUUGUUGUAUAUGAAUGUAGCUGACAAUGUAGAAAAUGCUUGUACAAUAUAUGCUGUUAAGAAAUCAGCACCAGUUCUUCAACCAUCAGAAUAUAGGUAUUUAAACUACAUUGCAUCUGAACAAACUCAUAAUAUAGAUUCAAUUAAUAUUAGACGAUUAUUAAUUGAGCCAGUUCCUCUCUUUAAUAAAAAUCGUGAUGGAUGCCGUCCAUUUAUUGAAAUUUAUGAAGGUUAUAAUAAAGUAUUAUCUACUGAACAGGAGUAUGAAAAAAUGUGUUCAUAUGAUAUUACUCAAGGAAAAAUAAAUCUCACUCUUAAAUAUUUGCCUGCUGGGAUUAGAAAUGAUAUUACUCUCAUUGCAUAUCAUUCUAGACAAGUUCUUGGUCGUACGGUACCUAUAAAAAUGUUUCAAAUUCAGUUUCAUUCUGAUUUUCUUAUAUUUCCUGAUGGUGAUGAUGUUGUUGUUGAUUUUAACAAGAGUGAAUUAGAUUUUAUAUCUAGUUCUGACCAUUAUCAAAGUAAUAUGUUUCAUGUGAAAAUUGAAAUAGAGCAACAUAAAAAUGGAAUCUCAACACAGUACAAAAUGCGUGAUAAUAAUAGAAAAAUUAAUGUAUUAUUUUCAACCGAAAAUGAGAAAGCACAGUUUCUAGAAUUAUUCCCACAUAGUAAUGAACUCUCUAAACAAAUAGCUAAUCAUGUUUUAUCAUCACAAGAAACAAAUACUACCACUUCCAGGGUUCCCCCUUCUAAAUCAAGCAAAUCACCUGUAGUUGAUAAAAAAGAAAUCAAGCCUGCUGAAGGUCUAUUAUUAAAUUUAUCAUCCAUGUCAAUUGAAGAUGAGCCAGUAAAAGAAAAGCAAAAAAACAUUUUUGAUCUCUUGGAAUCUGGUAAUGAUAAGACUGAUAUUUCUAAAGAUUUAUUUGAAGGAUUCUCAGAAGCUACUUCUAAAAAUGAUAUAUUUGACCCAUUUGUUUCAAAAAUUAAAUCAAAAGAAGAGGAUUUAUUAAAUUUGAAUGAACAAAAUAUUGAAAAACCUGCUAAUCUCUGGAGUAAUAGAUCUGUACCUUUAGAUAUUAGUAAUACCAACUCUGUUAAUGGUAACCAAAUGUCAAAUGGUAGUUUUACUUCUUCAAAAUCCAAUGUUGGUGAUUUUGACUUUUUAAAAACUGAUGAUUGGAUGAAUUUUACCAGUUAUUCACAAACUAACAGUCCCACAAAAACAUUUAAAACUCCCACUGAACCAAAUUAUAGUAUUAAUUUAGAAGAAGAUACGAAGAAUCCACCAAAACCAACAUUUGGAAAUGGUGAUAUUUUUGGUGAUUUAUUAGGAAGCCAAGGCUAUAAAUUCAAUACAAAAACUAAUUGUGGCCCAAAAACAAUAAAUGAAUUACGGCGUGAAGACUUGGUCAAAGAAAUUGAUCCUGAAAAGUUAAAGAUAAUAGAGUGGACCGAAGGAAAAAAAGGGAAUAUUAGAGCAUUGCUUGGAACAUUGCACACAGUUAUAUGGGAAGGUUCAGGAUGGAAUUGUAAUCUUAGUAAUUUAGUUAGUUAUGCAGAUGUUAAAAAAGCAUAUCGAAAAGCUUGUCUAGCUGUUCAUCCAGAUAAGCAAACAGGAACAAGUAAUGAAAACAUCGCAAAAUUAAUAUUUGUUGAAUUGAACAAUGCUUGGUCUGAAUUUGAUACCAAAUCUAGCUAGUUAAUACAUGUUUCAAGGUGUUAAAGAUUUAUAUUAAAUGUUUUGUAAUGGUACAGAAAUAUACUAAUAAAAUUAUAGGUACUUUA